ACCCAGCUAACCCGGAAGCGGAAAUGCAUAAGGUGCAACACGGUGGGCUCCAAAUUUGAAAACGUGGCAAGGUGCAAUUUAAGUUGCAAAUGUUGCCAAAAUGGACCGUUGCAACUGAGGUCCCAACCAGCCCGGACCCGGUACCUUGGAGUUUGGGGCCAACAACAGCACGGCGCCGCUGGGUCUAAUUGAUUGACAGAUGUUGCCAUGGUGACGCCAAUCAAGCAGCAGAAAAUGCUUGGUGUUUAACCAGCACGGUUGGUUCCACAUUCAUUAAUAACUACCUCUGUGGGAGUGCUGCUGUUUGGGGAAAAGGGAGCUUGAAAAUGCAGUGUACUCCUGACUCCAAUGUCUACCAUGAUGGUUGCAAAGGUCGACAGUGUGAUGAGUGUUUUGACAGUGGCUACUCUGGUUUAUUCCACAGUCCACUGAGUAUCUGUGAAGUUGACUCCUCUACGUCUGUGGAUUCAGUAGACUUCAUUGACACAGCCAAAGGGUAUCUCAGAGUUCCUGCCACACCCAAGGAGAAUAGCAGGGCCAGAUUUUUGCACAAAGACACCAGGGGGGUACCGCGUUGCUCCACGGUGAACUUGUGUGAAACUCCCAAAGUGUGCAAAAGAUGUGUCUUGCUGCAACAUAGACCUGCCCUGUGUGAUGCCACAAAAGGAAACGGAAUGUCCCCAUGCACCGCAAGGACCCAGUUGUCAAUUGUGUCUGAACAUUUGCCCAAUGCUUCAUUUGAAUCCUUGGUUGUAAGCACUUUAAAACCGGAGCAGGAUUUCCCGUUAUCUGGUAGGAAACGUCGUCUGCUCUUCUCUCAGGUACGGACCUCCACUCGUGUGGACGGUACCAUCGGCUUGAGUGACAACAACAGUUCGGAGAGACGAAUUUUCCUCUUGGAUGAUUUUAGUCAGCACUUUGGUGCCUCUGAUCAACUUAAUGUUGAAGCACCAUGCUUAAGCCAAUUCCUCCCGGCCUCAUCCAAGGAAAACUCUCCAUCACCAGUCAGGAAGCUGACAAAUGACCUAUACGACUCCUCCAUUGUCUUGUCCACGCCCUCAUCUACACAAACCCCCAAGUAUAUCAGGUCUCUGUGUGAGGACAGUGGCUUCAGCUCCCUUGCCCUCGAUAAAUCCCAUGGCUCUUCUGUCGACCAUGAUGGCUCAUUCCAGGAGUUGCGGCUUUCUGCUUCCAAAGGAAACGUCGAAACCCCCAAUCUGACAGAUACAAAACGGCGUUCCCGUUUGCAACGUCAGCAAAGACUUUCCACUCUAAAGGAAGGAGGCUCAUUGUCUGAUGAAGAAGUGUCGGACAGAAAGCAUCAGCUCAUUCACUGCCACAGUAGCGCUUCCAAAGAGGAGGUUUUUCUCAGGGAAACCCCACGCAGGGUGCUUGCAACAUCUGAUGGGCCGUCAUCGACGAAAGUAGGUUGUACAACUCCUCUCAGCCGAACAACAGCCCAGCGUGACUGCAUCCCACCUUCUGGUACCACAUCUGUCAGUUCCAACGUGACACCCUUCAAGACUACUGUAUCCAACCUCUCUUUGACACCUGCGUUACAGCUGAUACAUAUUUUGUGUGAGCGGCGGCCCAAAAUGUUUGCUGGCCAAAGUCCAAGUUUGAAAGAGCAGCUGAGGACAGCAGCAGCUCUAACUGACACCGCUGUAAUAUUAAGCACAAUUAUGCCGUUGACAGGGCUGAUUGGCCGGAAGAUGGGGCUGGGGAAGGUGGAUAUAUUAACAGAGCUCAGGAAAAGGAAUCUCAGGCACAUCCUGGCUGUCAUCCUCAGCCACCUGUCUGCUGACUCUCUCUACAGGUGUUGUCAGGUGUGCAAGGACUGGAAAGAAAUAAUCCAACAGGACAAGCAAGCACAUCUGAAAAAAGAAAUUCACCGGAGUGAAGUAGAAGCUGCUUUAGAGCUUGGUGGAACUGUCCAUGUUUGUGAAGCCAAGACCAGGUUGGCUCUGAUUGAAAGGUCAGCCCUCAAGACAGUCCAGGCCCAGUCUCAAAGCUCCAGUUACUGCACGCCGCAAUCUGGGACACGCGCCGUCACCCCUUUACAAAAUAGCACUCUGUCUUUAGGCAGCAGCAAAAGGGACAGGUUCUUAGAGGUUGCCAAAACCCUCUUCAACGAUGAAUGCCUGAGACAUUGUCCUCACUGUCAGCAUCCUGCAAAGUGUCACUCUGUGAAACGCGAAGGUGUUUGCACCAAAGCUGACUGUGCGUUCCAGUUUUGCACAGCAUGCUUGUGUGCUUUCCAUGGCUCCAGAGAAUGCGGCAGCCAGUCUGCGGGCCAUCGCAAGAAAUACUCAUUACUUCCAGGAAGUGCCCAAAGCAAGCGAAACGUUAGGAGACUGUGAACAGACAAUGACGUGGAUCACUCACUACGGUUCUGAGGUUAUUUUAAAAUCUUUUUUGCAACUGAUUAAUGAAGAUGAGAUUUAAACAAAGUCCCAUGUUGCUAGGAGUGUAAUAGCAACUUCUGUAUUGAAAACUGUCUUUGUGAAUGUUUGUGUGUGCACACCAUUUUUUUCUAAAAACUUGUAUAUUUUUUUCUUUUUUAUAUACCAACCUUUGUGAACCUGUGCUUUUGUAUUUUUAGUGACAAAUUUGAAAGUCUUAUCCUAUGACCUUUUUCUGCUUAUCCAUAAAUAUUGAAAUAUGCUUUGAGGCGGCUUUAGUAUGUUUUCAGACUUUUAAAAAUAAAUUCCAUCUUUUUAUUAGAAAAAAAAAAAAAUCUCGUCCAUUGUAACAUACUUUUUAUCCCCUACUUUGGUGACAUCUAGUGGUCAGAUACCUCCAAAGUCAUUUCUCAUUUGCUCCUAUAAUCAGUAAUGCAGUACUUCUGGGGAGAGGGAUUGCUUCACAAGCAGAUACUAAAAAUCCCUCCUCCAAAGUAUUAUGGUGCUCACAAGCGUUCUGUGAGUAAAUGCCUUCUGUCACACUCCCCUGAUCUUCCAUUAAAUCUCUAUAAGCAGCCACCCCCACUCAUGUUUUGAAAGUGAGUCCAUUUCCAUAGCAACCUGCCGGGGGUAAUUACGAAAAACUUUGUGCCCUGAUUCCCAGAAGUAUUGCAUGAGGAUUUUGUUUUUUAGGCACAAGCCAUGUAUGGUGAAAUUCCAACUUGUAAAACUUGUUUUUCAAAACUUUUGGAUUGUCAUAGUUUAACCCCCCGCCCCCCAACAUUUUACAUACCUACCAGUGUAUAUAUUUUAGCAGUCUUCACAACUCAGUGUUCACAAUUUGGUGAGUAUAAUGCACGUUUUAUGAUGAACAAAUCAGGUUUUUUUUUUUUUUAAUCUGCAUGCAGGAGGACUUAAUGACUUCUGAUCAUCUAUUUGAUCACACGUUUAAUAAAUUAAGUCUACCAGUAAAUUACUAUUCAUCAGUAUAUUGAAGUGCAUUUUUAGCAUUUGUAUCUUUUGACAGUAUUUCCCACAGCCAUUGUUAUAAAAUCAGGAGACGCAUCAGUUUUAGAUGCCGAGCAACGCAGCAGAGUUGACCAACAAAAUCAGAUCAGCUCUCGAACAAAAAAACAAAUCAGAGCUCCAUUAUAAGGAUGUCAUAGGACUGGCCAAAACUGCUUUAUUGGACAACCAUUACACUGUCUCUGUAAGUAAAGUAUGUUUCCUAUUUGCACAGCAAAAGAGAAGAUGAUGAACUUGCUUUUUUGAUGCAGGCAUGUCUUUUUUACUCUUACAUUGUAUUGUCUAGACAGAGAACAGGGAAUUCAGUGGAUUCUUAAAGAAAGAUUGGUGUUUUUUUCCUCAAAUUAGUACCUACCACUAACUAUUAGUACUACACACGAUAUGAACUAAUUUGCACAAA